UUACGUUAUUCGCUUAUAACCACUUUUUCCUUUCAGAAAUCUACAACAUUGUUUGGGAGUCUACUAGAUUAUUUGGAGUUACUUGUUGGCCCGUAAAUUGCUUGUUCCCAUCUUCUUGAUUUGUUUCAACAAAGUGCCCAGUUUAUUACUAUUGAACCUGAACCUUUGGAAUACAAUGGGUCUACAAUAACCAUAUUUUUACGUUUUUUAUCCAGACCCUUUGUUAAUCUGUCAUUUUUAAAUUGUGGUAAAUUUGUGCAGUUACCAAAUAGAUUUUAUACUCAAUAAACGAACUGCAUUAUAUCCUCUUUGACUCAUGAUGUGAUGGAACCAAAACGUCCACUGUAGUGUUCUGUACUGAUACACAGUAUAAAGCCUAUCAUCCAGCUCUGUUAGAAGUCCUUAGGCGCUGAUUCCUUAUUGUACCUAUAGAUUGUUUUUGCACUUUCUUACGACAAAUGUACUUAUGGUAAAUCGCUGCGGAUAAAAGCGUCUGCUAAAUGCCCUAAAUGUAGAUGUAAAUGUAGGUCAACGCUGACCUCUAGUGGACGACCGGAGAACUGCGCGCUCCGUUGACGCAACGCUGUCGGGAGCGCACUGACGUUCGGCGCGCCUCCGCUGCUGGCGGUCGGAUGAUAUGACGGGCUUUCAUGUCAAUUCGAAUGGCGUGCUAAAGCUAAGGGACGUAUCUCGUUUCAUGGCAGCGGGCUAUCCGGUGCUAUCCUUGAUGUAUUUUAAGCUAUCGAUGCGCGCCCUCUCUGGGUCGCCGGUUACAAUCUGAAACACAAUCCGGUUAAGAAGAGGUUCUUAUUAUCCGAGAGGGAAGCGCGGAGCGGCGGGGACGAUUGGCCUGUUUCUACACCUACCUUCUAAAUAAGGACGCGGCCGGCCGCCAGACACGUGACCACCUUCCCAAAUUGGAAGCUGCCGAAGUGAACCCCCCCCCCCCCCCCCCCCCCCCCCCCCCCCCCCCACACACACACACACACACACACACACACACACACACACACACACACACACACACACACACACACACACACACACACACACACACACACACACACACACACACACUACCCAGAUGUCUCGGUUUUCAGCAGCAGCAGGCGAAGUGACAUGACGUUCUCGUGAAUCCCACGCACUAAUACCCCCCCCCCCUUCCCCGAGAUGGUUGAAUCGUGGGGGAGAUGCGGUCCGUGUGACGUCACGUCGAGAUGCUAGCAGGCCCACAGCUUGACGAGGUGAGAGGGGCACGUGGUAGGAGGCCCGUGCAGCCCCCGGAAACACCGCGGGUGAGAGGGAGCGAGCGAGAGGGGCACAGAGUUGCACAACAUGGUCAUCUCCACCUCCACCGUCGCGUCUCCACUCCGUCCGCAGCAGCACGAGCUCUUCCGUUUCAUGCCGGGAGCCCCGUCGCUCCGCGCGCCCAAAAUACUCCUCCGCCGGCAUGCCGCCGCGGGAAGAAAAACAAGAGGCGCGGUAUUUUUAGGGUCAUUAAUUCUGACCACGUGCCCCGAAGUUAAACCGGAUGGCAAUUGCGCAAAGGCUCCUCGUCACCAGUAUGUCCCGCGAGGCCGGCGCGCGCCGAAGGACGUCGACUGCCGCGGGGAUGGUUCUCCUGUGGCUCACGCUGGGGUCGCUGUCGGCCUCGGACUCGAACCCGCGACCUCCGGGCGGUGGCGGGAGGACCAACGUGAGCCUGCUGGAGCAGCGGUGGCAGCGGCUGUUCACCCGACCCGGGCCGGGGAGGCUGCACCCCGGGGAGCGGGAGCAGCGGCGCUGGGAGAGCGACUACCUGCUGGGCAUCAAGCGGGUCCGCCGGCUCUACUGCAACGUGGGAAUCGGGUUCCACCUGCAGGUGCGGCCAGACGGCUCGGUCAACGGCGUCCACCGCGAGAACCUCCACAGUCUGAUCGAGAUCUCCACCGUGGACCGCGGCGUGGUGAGCCUGUUCGGAGUGCAGAGCCGGCGGUUCGUGGCCAUGAAUCGUCGCGGCCGCUUGUACGGAACGGCGGUGUUCCACAGGGAGUGUAUGUUCAAGGAGAGCCUGCUGGCUAACAACUACAACGCCUAUGAGAGUGUGUCUCACCCCACCUCCUACAUUGCCCUCACCAAGCACGGCCGCGUCAAGAGGGGCAACCGGGCCACCACCGCCAUGACCGUCACCCACUUCCUGCCCCGCAUAUGACUCGCGCCGGGACACCAUUGGAUACCACCGUGUUGGCACUCUGUUGGUCGCCUGGGGCCGUUUCUCAGGUAACCUGGGGCCAUUUCCCAGGUAACGGGGAGAAGGCACCGUGUCGAAGUACGUUAACACAAAAAAUCUUCUGUUCCCUCGUGUUGGGACUGAGGAGGGGGAGAGGGGGAGUUCCCUCGGUCCAGGAAGAGGUGCUCUGGUCGGGUCCCGAUGGUUGUUGACGAUUUGUCGUUGUUGGGCGAUUUGUCGUUGUUGUUGUGGUUUCGGCCCGAGGGCGGUGAGAGCUGGCCAACAUGGCGCUGAUCUAUUUCUUUGUUUGUCAUUCGGCCCUCCUUAGCCCUCCUCCCUCUACCCUCCCCUAGCAUGGGAGACGCAGAGCCCAGGUCAGAAAUAGGACCCCCCCCCCCCCCCCCCCCCCCCCCGUCGAGGAGGUCCUCAGCUGAUGUCACCAUUACCCGACUGAAGUGAGCUAGGCCUGCGGCUCCUCUAGCAGAAUCAAAGCGACCCCCCGUGUGGAUUGGUUGGCGUUGCAGAGGGCUCCUCCUCCAGACGAAACACAGGCUGCUUAACGAGCACAUUAAAGCAGCUGUAGGUAACAUUGAGUUGUAACGAGAGAUCAAGAAUUUUUAGCUAAACAUCCAUAAAAAACUCCUCCCUCUCCAAGUUCCUCAACCAUUGAAAAGCGUUGCAUUGAUUACUUACAUGGCAGGCACGAUUGCGCCCCCGAACCAAUCAGGGAAGAGAUGCCCUGAUUGGUCAGAAAUUAGCCAGGAGCGAUAAUCGAAAUGGUCUCACAAAGCAGAUCUGCACCCAACUCCAAACAGAUAUUCCUCCAGCGCAUUUCACUCACUAUUAGCUGAUGGAUGGCUAUGGUAUUCUGACCUAAAUUUCCAUCAAAGAAUAGCUCUUCAAUCUUCCCUACAGCACCUUUAACCUCUUAUUAGCUGAUAUGCCCAGUCACACUUAAGCGUGUGGGUCCGAUUUGCUGUUAUGGAGUAACACCUUUCAAAGCAACCAGCCCAUUGUUCUGGUCACUCCUGCUCAGUCGCUGUGUCGUAGGUCACUCCUCUCAGUCGCUGUGUCGUAGGUCACUCCUCUCAGUCGCUGUGUCGUAGGUCACUCCUCUCAGUCGCUGUGUCGUAGGUCACUCCUGCUCAGUCGCUGUGUCGUAGGUCACU